AUGGCCUCUAAAAAUAUGUCCGUUCGGCGGAUUCUUACUCUAUCUUCACGGUUUGGAAGAUCGGAUGUGGCCUCAGGAAAAAACUACUUCUAUCCUAGGAGAGAUCUGCACUGCACAGCUGCUCGUUACACAGAUGGUGUAUUUCACGGUUUAGCAGAUAACCGUCUUCCAUUGCCAUGGAUAGAAGCAUUAAGGCUUCAGAAAGAAGGAAAGAAUGUUGCCUCGAACAAGGUCCGUACACAGGAACGCGACCUAACACCGAAGAAGAUGAGUGAUAGCUACCAUCGAGUUGUACUUCCACUUGGUCGUGAUCCUUGGCUUAGUGAUACAUAUAUCAACUCUUCCGGUCAUAUAAGGCUGGGUACCAUCUUUAUGGACCUUGAUGCUCUGUCUGGCAUAAUCGUUUAUAAGCACACUGGAUCCGGUGUCACGACAGUCACUGCCGCCUUAGAUCGCAUUACCAUUGCCCACCCUUUGACGGAAAUAUGUGACCUCGAAUAUAGCGGGCGAGUAACAUACGCCUCGGGGAGAAGUAGUGUGGAAAUCACAUGCCAGGUUGCUAGAGCCAGAGAUGAAGGGGAACCAAGUAAGCCAGAAGAUGUGUUACUUACCUGUACCUUUACGAUGGUGGCUUUAGAUCCUGAAACCAAAAGACCCGUUAAUAUACCACGCCUAAUCUACUCCAAUCCCGAGGAAGAGAGAAUCUUCAAGGCAGGAGAGGCUAAGGCUCUAGCUAAGAAGGAGAAAUUGAAGACUUCAUUGUUGGAAACCGAACCGGAUGACCCCGAAUCGACCUUGAUUCACAAGAUUUGGCUGAAACAACUAGCCUAUCACGAUCCUAACAACAAUCUUCGUCAACCCAAUAAUGUCAUUGCUAUGUCCAGGACACAGCUCUCAACGGCCUCCAUCAUGCAGCCACAAUAUCGCAAUCGUCACCAGACCAUGAUUUUUGGUGGCUUUCAUUUAAAACAGACGUUUGAGCUAGCCUUUUGCUGCGCUGCAAGUUUUGCGCAUGCACGACCGACCUUCAUCAGUGCCGAUCCAUGUACGUUCCGCAAUCCUGUUCCGGUUGGAAGUGUCCUGUACUUAACAGCGACAAUCGUUUAUACGGACCCACCAAUUCUGGAAGAGGAUGGAAGCGAGCCGCAGCAAAAAGAUGCGAACAAUCCGGUGACGCGAUUGCACGUUCGAGUAGAUAGUAAGGUGAGGGAUGUUGAACAUGGAAACGCCAAACCGACGGGUCAAUUCAAUUACACAUUUUCGGUACCAAAAGACGUCAAAGUUCUCCCACACACCUACCAAGAAUAUAUGAUGUACAUAGAUGCGAGGAGAAGAGUACAACUUGGAGAUGUGCAGGAUCGCCAAGAGCACACAGAUUCCGAACUGAGACGAUCACAAUCGGACGAGAAUAUUAACCUCACAGAAUGAGACUAAGUCGACUUCCAGGUUCAUAGAAUAUGAAGUCGCUAACAUACCUAUCACCGCUAAUAUUGGGGACGGACACCUUCAUACACAUUCAAUAGACAAUAGAUAUGCUAGCUAGCAAUUGCUUACUACCGAGCCGGUUUGACUCAUAUCUCAGCCGCUGCCCGAUACUUUUAAUUAAAAUUCUACAUUUUAGUUGUCGUGUUGAAGGUUGAGGUACCUGCGAUGGUAUUGCAGAUCUAUGUAUAUAAGAGGUCUCACCUUUAGAUCAAGGUAUUUCUUUCAUCAAACGGUAGAUUGAUGGAUCGUCGGCCUGAUCCCAGCGCCUCCAUAAAUAAGACGGGGAACUAGCAAUAGCUUUUGAUAUUCGUCAAGGCUAGAAACAUGAUAACCCACCAAUGAUUGACUCAGAGACUGGAAAGCGCCGUUGUUUUCUUUUUACAAGAUUCUCUGUAUAUU